CCCUGAGCCCUACUCCUCCAGCAGCUGCCUCCCUGUUAUCAGCUGGUGCUGGGUGGGGAUGAGGCAGGAGAAAUCGAUUUUUCUCUUCCCGCCCCCCUCAUCUUAUCUCGGCUUUGUUGAACCCACGGGAGAUGAAAGUCCAGGCGGGUGCCUUUAGUUGGGAGCAGCAGCCAGGGUGCUUCCGGAGCCCCGGCCCCGCACCAUGGACAUUCUGGAGACGGACACCCGCUACCGCCGGAACAUUGCGGCUGAUGCCGCGAGCCGCUGCCUCAAGCUGCUGCCGUUCCUGGCCUCCUGCGGCCUGUACUUCGUCCUGUGGCUGCCUGAGCCCAGCUGGGUCAGCGCUGGCGUCAAGAGCCUCCCGCUCCUGAGCCUGGUCUUCUUCCUGACAGCCCAGGCCUGGGGCGAUGGCGCCUGCACCCCCUCGGCCUGCCGGGUCUGCUGGGGGCUGAUGUUCUCCAGCGUGGGAGACGCCUGCCUCGUCUGGCCGCAGCUAUUCCUCCUAGGCAUGGUGGCCUUUGCUCUGGCUCACGUCUGCUACAUCUGGGCCCUGGGCCUGCAUCCCGCCCGCCCCUGGCUCCUGCUGCCACUGGCGCUGGCCUGGGCGGGGGCCUACACGACGCUCUGGCCCUGCCUGCGGGGCCCCUAUGUGCCGGCCGUGGGGGUCUAUGGGGCGCUGCUGGCGGCCGUAGGCUGGCGGGCCCUGGCCCGGCCUCCCCCCCACCUGGCCGUGGCCACCGGUUCCCUGCUCUUCAUGGCCUCUGACCUGGUCCUGGCCAGGGACCACUUUUGCGCCCCGGUGCCCCAGGCCCGGCUCAUCGUCAUGGGCACCUACUACGCGGCCCAGGGGCUGAUCGCAGCCUGGGCCCCCCGGGCCCCCCACGCCAGCCCCCGCUGGAAGGAGAGCUGAGCCGGGAGCCCCCAACCUCUGACCCCGUCCGUGCCAACCUGAUGGUGACCCUGGCGACCUCUGACCCCAUCCGCGCCAAUCUGCUGGUGACCCCGGCGACCUCUGACCCGUCUGCACCAACCUGCUGGUGACCCCGGCGACCUCUGACCCCAUCUGCAUCAACCUGCUGGUGACCUCUGACCCUGGGAAUGAGAACCAACUGCCCUGGGAGUUGAUACCUUGACCUACGCCCCCAUGGCCUAGGAGCACCAACCUGCCCAACCAAUAAGCUGGAAGUAAUUGUCUUGACCUUUGACCCUGCUCAUUUGCCAGCAGGCCCAAUUAUAGCUGAUUUGAUGA